AUGGCACAAAAAACUGAUUUCCUUGAAAGUAACGAUACCUCCUCCAAUAAUAACUCACAGUUUGAGAUUACAUUAAUUCUCACAACAGCCUCUGAAACGCAAGAUUUCGUUUGGAAUUCUAUUCUUGGUGACGAUGAAGAUAUCGAACGUCGUGUUAUUUAUUCGGAACCAGAGCCAAUUGUAAAAGAUUGUCAGCAUGACGUGACGAUGGGAUAUGGAUUUGAAAAGUCACAUUUCUCUGUUGAUUCUUUUUCGAGUGACGAAGAAAACAACGACGAUAAUUAUUUUAAUGACAGUAAUAUGAAUACGAGAAAAGAAAAAGAUUAUGUGAUCGAUACAAUUUACUAUGUGGACACAUUGUUGACUGAUUAUUAUGACUCGGAUGAAGAGUCAGAAACGUCAACGUUGUUUAAUGAAGAACCAAUGGUUAGUCGACAAACGUCACUUUCAGCUGUUGUUAUGACUUUGGUUGAUAAAAUAUAA